AUGGGUACACAGAUCCAUGCGCUGGAUCUGGACAUCGAUGAACACUAUCAGGGGUGCGAGAACUGCACAGACAUACUGUCGCUGAGUUGUCCUGAACAGAUCGGGGAGAUCCAUCGCGCGUAUCUGAAAGCUGGUGCGGAUGUGAUCUCGACCAAUACCUUUGGCGGCGCGGCGCAUGUGCUUGGGGAGUUCGAUCGCAGUGAUGAUGCGCGUGCCGUAUGCCGAGCAGCGGCGGAGAUCGCGCGCCAGGCAGCGGAUGAGUUCAGCACUGAUGCGCAGCGACGCUUUGUCGCGGGAUCGCUUGGGCCUGGAACAAAGCUGAUCACGCUCGGACAGAUCGGGUUCGAUGAUCUGCGAGAUUCGUAUGCGCAAGCAGCGAUGGGCUUGAUCGAGGGUGGGGUUGAUUGCGUGCUGAUCGAGACGUGUCAGGAUCUGCUGCAGAUCCGCUGUGCGGUGCAAUCGGUAGAGCAGGCGGAGCUGGAGCUGGGGGUUGAGUUUGGGUCGGUGCCGAUCUUUGUUUCGGUGACGAUCGAGCAGACGGGGACGAUGCUUGUGGGGAGUUCGAUUGAAGCCGCGAUCGAGGCGCUGCGUCCGCUUCCGAUCUCGGCGCUGGGACUCAACUGCGCGACGGGUCCGGUGGAGAUGAUGAACCAUGUGCGGACGCUUGCGAAGAAGUGGGAUCGCCCGAUCACGGUGAUGCCCAACGCCGGGCUCCCGGUGCUUGAGGAGGGGAAAACGGUCUAUCCGCUAGGUCCCGACUCGUUCGUCAAGGCGGUCACCCCGAUGCUUGAUGAGGGAUUGGUGGACGCGAUCGGUGGGUGCUGCGGGACGACCCCUGAGCAUAUUGCGAAGCUGCGCGCGUUUGUGGAUGGCCGGGAGAAGGUCCGUCGGGAUGAUCCGGUUGUCGUUCCGAGCUGUUCGUCGCUGUACUCGGCGGUGGAGUAUCGGCAGGAUCUGUCGCUGCUGAUUAUUGGAGAGCGGUGCAACGCGUCGGGAUCGCGAAAGUUCAAGCGGCUGCUUGAGGAAGAGGACUUCGAUGGGAUCGUGUCGCUGGCUCGCCAGCAGGUGCGGGACAGCUCGCACGUGAUCGAUAUCAACGUCGAUGUCGCGGGGCGCGACAACGCGCGGGACAUGCAUGAGGUGGUCUCGCGGAUUGUCAAGCAGGUCGAUGCCCCACUCAUGCUCGACUCGACGAAUCCGAAAGUGAUCCUCGCGGGGCUCAAGGCGUCGGGGGGUAAGAGCAUCAUCAACAGCGCGAACUUUGAGGAGGGCGAAGAGAAGUUUGAUGAGCUGUGCGCGAUGGCGAAGCGGUUCGGGGCGGGGCUGGUCAUCGGGACGAUCGAUGAGGAUGAAGAGAACGCGAUGGCGCGGACGGCGGAUCGCAAGCUCGCGAUCGCGUCGCGGGCGAUCGAGCGUGCUGUGGAUCAUCAUGGUUUGAAGGUCUCGGAUCUGUUCAUCGAUCCGCUGGUGCUCCCGGUUUCGACGGGGAUGGACUCGGAUCGUCGCAGCGCCAGCGAGCUGAUCGAGGGCACGAGACGGAUCGCGGAGGCGUAUCCGGAGGUGCAGCUGACGUGCGGCUUGUCGAAUGUGUCGUUCGGAUUGAAUCCCUCGGCUCGCGUGGUGAUCAACGCUGUGCUGCUGCAUGAGCUUGUUGAGGCGGGGAUGACGAGUGCGAUUCUGCAUGCGUCGAAGAUCACGCCUUUGCAUCGGAUGGACGAAGCGCAGAAGGACGCGGCGAUGGACCUGAUCUUCGAUCGUCGCAGCGAAGAGCUCGGCGGGAUCGGUCUCCCUGAGGGCAUCGAUGAUCCCAAGCACGAUCCGCUGGCGCACCUGAUCGAUUUGUUCCAAGGCGAAACGGAGCAGGUGGAUCAGGUCUCGCAAUCGGACCUGUCGCUUGAGGAACGGCUCCGGAACCACAUCAUCAACGGCGAGCGCGAGCAUCUUGAGGAGUCGAUCAAUGAAGCGCUCGAGCAGUACACGGCUCUGGAGAUCAUCAACGAUCACUUGCUCGAUGGGAUGAAGACGGUGGGCGAGUUGUUCGGGAGCGGGCAGAUGCAACUGCCGUUUGUGCUCCAGAGCGCGGAGGUGAUGAAGCGUGCGGUGGCGCUGCUUGAGCCUCAUAUGGAGAAGAGCGAUUCGGUGUCCAAGGGGUCGAUCGUGCUCGCGACGGUCAAGGGCGAUGUGCACGACAUCGGGAAGAACCUGGUUGAUAUCCUCUUGUCGAAUAACGGAUUUACGGUACACAACCUUGGGAUCAAGCAACCGAUUGAUGCGAUCCUCAAGUCCUAUGAAGAAACCAUGGCGGACGCGAUCGGGUUGUCGGGACUCCUCGUCAAGAGCGUCAAUGUGAUGGAGGAGAAUCUCCACGAGCUCAACAAGUCGGGGAUCAAGGUCCCGGUGCUACUUGGGGGCGCGGCAUUGACACGGAGUUACGCGGAAGGUCACCUGACCAGUGUGUACGAGGGGGAUCUGCACUACGCGAAGGACGCGUUUGAUGGGCUCGACACGAUGAACGCGAUCAUCACUGGGACGAGCAAAGAGUUGCUCAGCGCGGCUCAGGAGCGUGCACAGACGAGACAAGCGACGAUCGCGAAGCAUCAAGGGAAGAUCAAGCCGGCUUCGGCGACUUCGGUGCUGACGCGGUCUGCGGUGGUGCGUGACAAUGAGGUCCCGACGCCUCCAUUCUGGGGGACGCGGGUGAUCGAGGAUGUGUCGCUUCGGGAUAUCUUCGCGUACAUCAAUCCGACAGCGCUCUAUAGCGUGCAGUGGCAGCUCAAGCGGGGCAAACAGGACAAGGCGGGGUACGAAGCGAUGCUUGAAGAUGUCGCGAAGCCCAAGUUUGAAGAGCUCAAGCAGGCGUGUUUGGAGCAGUCGAUCCUGCAGCCUCGCGUGGUGUAUGGGUACUUCCCGUGCAGCAGCGAUGGGGAUUCGCUGGUGAUGUUUGAUCCGGAGGAUCAUGAUCGCGAAGUGAAUCGGUUCGCGUUCCCGCGUCAGUCUUCGAAUAAGACGCUGUGCAUUGCUGAUUUCUAUCGUGAUCUUGGGGAGUGCGAAGCUAUUGGGCAGCGCGAUGUGAUCGGGAUGAUGUGCGUGACGAUGGGUGAGCGGAUCAGCGGCUACACGAAGGAGCUCUUUGAUUCGGAUCAGUAUCAGGAUUAUUUGUACUGGCACGGCUUGGGGGUUGAAGCCGCGGAAGGGUUGGCGGAGCUUUGGCACAAGCGGAUCCGUCAGGAGCUUGGGUUUGGGCACGAGGAUUCGAGUGUGAUCAGCGAACUCUUCCAGCAGAAGUAUCGCGGAUCUCGCUACUCGUUUGGGUAUCCCGCGUGUCCUGACAUGAGUGCGCACACGAUCAUGUGGGAGCUGCUGGAUCCGACGCGGAUCGGGUGUCAUCUGACGGAGAACUACCAGAUCGAUCCGGAGCAAUCGACGUGCGCGAUUGUCUCGCAUCACCCUGAGGAGGACGAGGAACGCGGGGCCUCCGAUGAGUGCGGUGAGGACUCCGAUCGGGAUGCGGCCGGCGUCGGUUUCGAUUGCUCUGGUGACGACAUCGGCGCCGACGACCAUGGACGCGACGCGGACGAUGUGGGGGCAGACGAGUCCGACGAAUCCUAUGGGGCCUGCGAGGAUGAUGGAGAUCGUGGUCAGGAUCCCGGCUCCGAGGAGUUGCUCCAGACGGAUGCGUUUGAUGUUGAGUCCCACGCUUGCGGCUUCGUCGUUGGGGAGCGCGCCGGCGUCGUAGUAGCGAGCACGGAUCAUCGCGAUGAUGAGUACGAACAAGACGGCGAUCGAAGAUGCGAGGAGGUGCGUGGAGUUGAGGUCUUCGCGGAGGUGUCCCAUCAUCCAUCGGCUUGUCCCGAAUCCACGAUCGGGCAUCUGGGCCGCGACGAGCAUGGUCGCGGCCCCGAGGAUCACGGAGACGAUGACCCCGAUGAGGAUCAUGGUGACUGGGUCGAUGAUGCCUUGUCGUUUGGAGAGUGUGUAGACCAGAGCCAGGACGCUGACCGCUCCGAUGAGCGCGGGGAUCGAGGCGCCUCCGACACUGAGUGCGGUUCCUGUGAUGAACAUGGUGAGCGUGACAGCGAAUCCGGCGCCGGCGCUGAGUCCCAUGAGAUCGGGGAUCCGGUCCAGACUCGGCGGAAGCGGCGCAGGAAUGCGAUCAGGACGAAGCUGAGCGUGAGCAGGAACAGGAUGACGAGGGCGCGUCGUUGCACGAUCGACGGUAUGCGCGAUCGGGGACGCUGGGGAUGCGAGAUCGCUUUAGUACUUCAUUUUCUGGGACAUCGCGCGUUGGAGGUCACGCUGGUUCUCGCGCUCGGCGAUGGAGUGGCGUUUGUCGUGCUGUGCUUUGCCUUUACAGAUCCCAAGCUGGAUUUUGGCAAAUCCUCCAGAGAAGUAGAGUUUGAGGGGGAUGAGGGUGACGCCUUUGAUGUCCACGGAGCGUGCGAGGCGCUCGAUCUCGCGUUUGUUGGCGAGCAGCAUGCGGUCACGUUUGGGGCGAUGGUUCAGCGCCCCGGCGGGUUGGUAGGGUGGGAUGUCGAUCUGGUGGAGCGUGAGGCGGGGUGGAUCGAGGUCCACGGAGAUGUAGCCCUCUUUGAGGGAGCAGUUACCGUCGCGGAUGCUUUUGACUUCCGAGCCCUCAAGGACGAUCCCGACCUCGAGGGUGUCCUCGACGAAGUAGUCGUGACGGGCUCGGCGGUUGUCGAAGACCGGAGCGAGGAAUCGAUCGAGCCGCUUUGGAGCGCGGAAUCCCCUAGCAUCUGGGGUAUGAGGUUCGUGAUUUGCUGCAUGGUUUGGGUUGGGUUGGUGCUGAUGGGUGGGUGUGUCCACGCUCAGAACGAACGGCUCGAGCUGGGCACACUGAAUCGCACAGCGAGCUUUGAUCGUGAUCAGUCAGAACGAUCGCUCGAUACGCAUGCACCGCGUUCGCAGUGGGCGACGAUGGUCGUUGUGGUCCCGAUCGAUGGGAUCUCGCACGGCGCGGCGAUGCGGGUGUAUCCGUUUCCGCGCAAGACGGAUGAGCCGAGGGUCUAUGGGUUGAUGCCGAGCGUGGAGUCGUCGCUUGCUGCUCAGGGGCAGUCCGGGGUUAACUCGAUGAUCGAGACCCUCGAUGAGAUCGGAUCAUCCGGCAUUGGGCUGAUCAAUCCGAAAGGGUGUGGGCAUCGGGACCGAUCGCGGAUCCGAACAAGCAACUCGAAGAGGGCAAUGACGAUGAGUGACUUACCUGACAAUCCAGAGAACUAUCCGUUCAAUCCCGAUCUUGAGAUCAGUGUUGUUGAGACGCAUCAGCUGCACGAGUCUGGCGCGGAUGACUUUUUGUUGCUUGAUGUGCGUGAGCCUCAUGAACUCGAGAUCAGUGCGAUCGAGGGCGCGACGCAUAUCCCGAUGGGCGAUAUUCCUGGGGCGCUUGGUGAGCUGGACAUCGAAGAGGACACCCUGGUUGCGGUGCUGUGCCGAACGGGGAAACGCUCACUUGAUGUUGCGAUGUAUCUUCAUGGACAGGGAUUCACUGGUGCUCGCUCAGUUGCGGGCGGAAUCCACUGGUGGUCGGAUCGUCUUGAGCUCAAUGAGCUUGCGAUUGAUCCGGGGGCGUCUGAUCCGUAUGACAUCACAGCGAUCUCAUGUGCAGUGUAUCCGGCGAUCGCGGAUCGGUAUCUGAUCACGCGAUCGGGCGGGUCGUUUGGUGAGAACUACGGCCCCAAGGUAGUGGUCGCGUCGGACUCGGGAUUGCGAUCGCUUGAUGAUUUGGAUUCAUCCGUGACGAUUGGUGUGCCUGGCGUGAACACGAGCGCGUUCUUGACACUGAAUUUGAUCGCGCCUGGAUUCAAGUUUGUCCCGAUGCUGUUCUCUGAUAUUCCUGGAGCGGUCAAGGACGGCGAUGUGGAUGCUGGAUUACUCAUUCACGAGGCGCAGUUGACCUUUGGGGACUCUGGGCUUCGUCAGAUCGGGGAUAUCGGUCAGUGGUGGCAUUCGGAUACAGGGGGGAAGCCGUUGCCUUUGGGGCUCAAUGUCGUCGCUCGCUCACUGGACGAGCGGUACGGCGAGGGGACUUGUCAGCGCGUCGCGGAUCUGCUCACGGCGUCGAUCGAGACGGCGGUGCGUGAGAAGGAUGCUUCGCGGAGGCAUCUGCAGAUCAACAAGGGUGAUCGGACGGAGUGGGAUGAUCCGGAGCUUGUUGACAAGUACCUCUCGAUGUAUGUGUCAGAUUUGACGCUGGACAUGGGGGAUACUGGUCGGGCUGCGAUUGAACUGCUGCUGGGUCGCGGAGCGGACGCGGGGUUGUGUGAUUCAGUCGGAUCGGUCGAGAUCAUCUGA